CCGCCAAAACAGAACCACCAUAACUGAUUUUCAAAAAAGCGUAGCUCCAAGGAAACUACGCCCUCUCUUUCUCUCUCUCUCUCUCUCUCUCAAGGUCGGUGCUGAAACACUCUCAAAUUGCAGGGAGCCCCACUUUCGUGUGACCCAAACUGAAUGGCUCGGAGCUGGGAUGACCAAGAAGGCGACUGUAACAGUGGCAAAACCUUCACCGCCUUUGAACGCUCUUUCAAGAUUUUUAUCGAACACCUUGUCGGCAAAACUUUUCGACCUUCUUAUAUAACCCUUCCCAAGCUCUCAAUCCCCAUUUUCAACUGCCACACCCACCUGUCUCUCUCUCCCUCUGUCACCCAGAAGUCGGUUUGCUGCCAUUUACAAAUAGUAUUAAUUUCGUUCUAUGAACCCAAAAGACGAGUGCUACCCAAAGUCUCCACCUACUUCAGCUGAAUUGGACCCGGAGAAUCCGCUUCGACCCGAAAUGUCAGAACCGUUGUUAGGUUCUCAGUCAAUUCCUUCGUUUACUUCUCCUCUGAUGGAAUUUGAAGCCUUUUGUGCUCUAAACCCAUCGGAGUCUUCUUGGUCCUCUGGUGCUUUCGAGUUUGAUGAGAAAGCUCCAACUGCAACGUAUUCGUCUAUGGACGCUGGUGGCGCGGAGCACGUGGCCGUCCCGCAGCCUCUUGAAUGUCUACAGGACAGUCCGGUUCCGCCGUUUCUGUCCAAGACUUUCGAUCUGGUCGACGACCCUUCGCUUGAUUCGAUCAUAUCGUGGGGUUCCGGCGGCAACAGCUUCGUGGUGUGGGACCCAUUGGAGUUUUCCAGGCUCGUCUUGCCGAGGAAUUUCAAGCACAACAAUUUCUCAAGUUUUGUCCGGCAACUUAAUACUUAUGGGUUUCGCAAGGUUGAUACAGAUAAGUGGGAGUUUGCGAAUGAAGCUUUCAAAAGGGGCAAAAGACAUUUGUUGAAGAAGAUCCAGAGGCGCAAGUCACCUCAAUCACUGCAGGUUGGGCCUUCUGCUGAAGCAGGGAGGCCCGGACUGGAAGGUGACAUUGAGACUUUGAGGAAAGAGAGAAGUAUGUUAAUGCAGGAAGUUGAUGAUCUGCAGCAGCAACAGCGGGGUACAGUUCACCAUAUGAAAGUAGUGAACGAGAGGCUUCAGUAUGCGGAGCAGAGACAGAAGCAGAUGGUUUCUUUCUUGUCCAAGUUGCUUCAAAACCCAGCAUUCUUAGCCCGCCUUCAACAGAAGACAGGACAGAAAGGUAUAGACUCUCCAAGGAUGAAGAGGAAAUUUGUUAAGCAGCAUCAGCAUGAACUAGGUAAAUCAGAUUCUUGUAUACAAGGGCAGAUUGUGAAGUACCAACCUGCUUGGAGAAAUCUCUCUGCAGUCCCAGAUGUGAAUCCAGUAGUUCCUAUUGAACAAUCUCCUGAUAAUCUUUCACAAGUUAUGGCAGGAAAACUGGGUUUGGUUACAGAAAGCAAGCCAUAUCAAUUUGUGGAUGUAGCAUCAGAUGAGUUAAAUUUAUCAGCUGAACCAACAGUAACGCUAGGGUUUAUCAAAACACCAGAGCAAGAAGGUGAAGGGGCGUCAAGCAUGGGAGCUAAAGAUCCAUUUCAAAAAGGGAAGAGUGUUCUGAGCCCACAACAGGAGCUUAAUCCCGAGUAUUAUGUCUCUUUCCAGGAGGAUUUUGGGAAGAAUAAGAUGUUUCCGGAACUUUUCUCUCCAGGGAUCGAUGGCAUGAUUAAACAAGAAGAUAUAUGGAGCAUGGGUUUUGAUGUCAGUGCUGGUCGUAACCCUUGCGAAGGGCAGCGCGUUUCUGUUGGGGAAACAUGGUCAUGCAUGCUCAAUUGCCCUUUCCAGCUACAAAAAUUCCAGCAAGAUGAACUUAUAUGAUAGCUUCAAUCUUCUGGACUUUCAUCAUUUCUUCAAUUGGGGCGUGAAUAUAUACAGCGAAGAAGACAAAGUAAAGAUUGAUGAGCGGGGUUGCGUUGGCGUAUCCGAAUCCACCUUCUGCCAUUCCUCCACCAAUUGGCAUUUGGAGCAGCAUUAUUGGGUUUGGACUCAGAAUGUCAAUUUUUAUUAGUUAAACAAUCAUUAUUCAAUAGAGGGAGAAGAGGAAGUUCAGACUUCAAAGUAAAACGCUUUUCUUUUUGGGGUGAUAAGCCAUAUUCAUCAAGAGGCGUGUGUGUCAUAUGCAGUUAUACUUGUUCAAAGAGACGUUGGAGCAACCGUCAACUGCUCAGGCGUGGUUGACGGUGAGCCUUGUAUAGUAUGGUGGUCCUCAGAAUCACUUGGUUAAAAUUCGUUGUUUCUGGGAUAAGCAAGAAUAUUUGUUUUAUCUGUAAGUUGAACACUGAACAGGUACCAUUGGCAUCAAAAAUAGCAAAAACUCAGUUGAACAGUA